GAAUAUCUUAUGAAGGAAUUAAGUAUAUAUUGAAGUUUGUGAAAAGUUUCGGAUGUAAACUAUACUUUAAUAUAUUGUUAAUUGGUGGUGGAAAAGUUGGUGAUACUGGACGAAACGAAACAGCAUUCGUCCACAGAGGAUUUUUGUAUCAUAUCGAAAUUAAAGCAUUUGUGCAUUCUGAAGCAUGUAUAAAUGAUUUGGAAAGAUUUUCCCAACAUUUUCAACGAAAAUAUUCUAGCUUUGAAAGUUAUCAAAAUAUAAAUGAUAGAAAUUUGGAUAAUUGGCAAUGUAGAUACUAUAGAGAAAAUUUUGAAAAAUUAGUGAAAAUUAAACGGAAAUAUGAUCCGUAUAAUUUAUUUCGUUGGAAUCAAAGUAUACCUACUUAUAUUGAAAUAUCAU